AGACUCACUGAAACAGUGGAACUGGAAUGUUCGCGCGAAUCACCUAUCACGAGCUGCGUCUGCGGGCACCCCCGACUGAGGCCCAGAGUUGUCUCGUCGAAUCAAGUAUGGUAGCGUCCGUCUCCUUUCCAAAGCAAUUUGCCACCCUUCAUUUGCUUCCCACGUGGAUUUCUAUUUCGUCUUGUUGUUUUCUUCCGGGUUUUCACCUUUUAAUCUUUAAGCGUUCAAUGCACUUUUUUUGGUUAACCCACAUAGCUGUUCUUUCUUCAAGAGUGUUAAGGUUGAUGAUUGCAAUCCGCCUAAUUCCAUAUGGAGGUUCUUUAUUCUAAGAUCUGAUGGGUAAUUCUUUGUUCUCAAUUCUGCACAAAUUCUAUCGCGGAAACCCUGUGUCAGAUUAAUCUUGGGGCAGGUGAAGAUAACUGUUCCACUUGUUCAAAAUGAAUCUUAUUUGGUUUAUGUUGUUACUGCUUCUCCAUUUCGGGGUGUUCCCAUAUGGGUUUAGCCAGAAUGUUUCUUCAAGACCUGCUGUUGUGAAUGUUGGAGCUGUUUUUUCGUUUGACUCUACCAUUGGAAGAGUUGCCAAGAUUGCCAUCGAGGAAGCUGUGAAAGAUGUCAACUCCAAUUCCAGCAUUCUCCAUGGAACAAAACUUGUUGUACAAAUGCAAGAUUCCAAUUGCAGUGGUUUUUUUGGCAUGGUUGAAGCUUUGCAUUUUAUGGAGACUGAUAUAGUCGCUAUCAUAGGCCCGCAAUCUUCUGUAGUUGCCCAUAUUAUAUCCCAUGUUGUGACUGAACUCCAAGUUCCUCUAUUAUCAUUUGCGGCUACAGACCCGUCUCUUUCUUCCAUUCAGUUUCCUUUUUUUGUUAGAACUACUCAGAGUGAUUUGUACCAAAUGACGGCUGUGGCUGAGGUUGUUGAUUAUUAUGGUUGGAAGGAGGUAAUUGCAAUUUUCAUUGAUGAUGACAAUGGACGGAAUGGUGUAUCAGCAUUAGAUGAUAAACUAGCAGAGAGGCGCUGUAGAAUCUCCUACAAGGAGGGAAUUAGCCCCGGGUCUGGAGUUAAUCGGAGUGAAAUUAUGGAUCUGAUGGUUAAGGUUGCAUUAAUGGAAUCUCGGAUUAUUGUUCUGCAUGUAAAUCCUAAUUCUGGAUUCAUGGUUUUGUCGGUGGCCCGGUAUCUUGGAAUGAUGGGCAAUGGUUAUGUGUGGAUAGCUACUGAUUGGCUUUCAUCUGUUUUAGAUUCUUCUCCUCCUCUUCCUUCAGAGACCAUGGAUUCAAUGCAAGGAGUUCUUGUUUUGCGCCAACAUACACCAGAUUCAGAUCGAAAAAGAGACUUUUUCUCUAGGUGGAAAAAGAUAACUGGUGGUUCUCGGGGGUUGCAUUCGUAUGGGCUUUAUGCUUAUGAUUCUGUUUGGCUGGUUGCUCAUGCUAUUGAUGCAUUUUUUAACCAGGGAGGAGUUAUUUCAUUUUCUAAUGAUUCUAGGUUGCAUUCUGUAGGAGGUAAUCUCCACCUUGAAGCAAUGAGCGUUUUUGAUGAUGGAAUGCUCCUGUUGCAGAACAUCUUGCAGAGUAACCUUGUUGGCUUGACAGGUCCAAUUAAAUUUAACUCAGAUAGGUCUCUUAUUCUCCCUGCAUAUGACAUUAUUAACGUGAUUGGAACUGGUUCUCGACGGAUUGGUUACUGGUCAAACUAUUCUGGUUUAUCAGUUGUGCCUCCUGAGAUGCUCUAUGUGAAGCCACCUAAUCGUUCAAGUGUGAACCAGCAACUGUACAGUGUUAUCUGGCCAGGAGAGACAUUAUUAAAGCCCCGUGGAUGGGUUUUCCCAAACAAUGGGAAAGAGUUGAAAAUUGGUGUACCUAAUCGAGCUAGUUUCCGGGAAUUUGUAUCGCAAGUGCGAGGGACUGAUACUUUCAAGGGUUUCUGCAUUGAUGUAUUUACAGCAGCUGUAAGCUUGUUACCUUAUGCUGUUCCAUACCGAUUUGUUUCCUUUGGAGAUGGUCAUGAAAACCCAAUCUACACGGACCUUGUAACUUCGAUCACAGCGGGUAAGUUUGAUGCUGCUGUUGGUGACAUUGCAAUUGUCACAAAUCGGACAAAAAUUGUGGAUUUUACGCAGCCAUUUGCUUCAUCUGGACUUGUUGUUGUGGCCCCAUUUAAGAAACUGAAUUCUGGUGCUUGGGCUUUCCUGCGGCCAUUUAAUAAAUAUAUGUGGAUUGUCACUGCUUCUUUCUUUCUUCUAAUUGGAAUAGUCGUGUGGAUUCUGGAGCAUAGAAUAAAUGAUGAAUUCAGGGGCCCUCCUAAGAAACAAUUUAUAACCAUUCUAUGGUUUAGCCUCUCAACUCUGUUUUUCGCCCAUAAAGAGAAUACUGUGAGCACCCUUGGUCGUAUGGUGCUACUUAUAUGGCUCUUUGUAGUUUUGAUAAUUAACUCAAGCUACACUGCAAGUCUGACAUCAAUCCUCACAGUGCAGCAGCUGUCCUCCCAUAUCAAAGGGAUUGACAGCUUAAAGAGUAGCGAUGAGCCAAUUGGGUACCAAGUGGGUUCUUUUGCUGAACACUAUUUAGAGGAACUUGGCAUUUCCAAUUCUAGGCUCGUUCCCCUUGGAUCACCUGAAGCAUAUGCUUCAGCCCUUCUGCUUGGUCCUAAAAAAGGCGGUGUUGCUGCAAUUGUUGACGAACGCCCAUAUGUAGAACUUUUCCUCUCAAGUCAGUGCAAAUUCAGGGUUGUAGGUCAAGAGUUCACCAAAAGCGGAUGGGGUUUUGCAUUUCCACGGGACUCUCCCUUAGCAGUUGACAUGUCAACUGCGAUUCUACAACUGUCUGAGAAUGGUGAUCUCCAGCGGAUCCGUGAUAAGUGGCUGAUGCGAAGUGCUUGCAGUUUAGAGACUACUGAAAUUGAGUCGGAUCAGCUUCAGCUUAAAAGCUUCUGGGGCCUCUUCCUUAUUUGUGGGAUAGCUUGCUUCAUUGCACUCUUCAUAUAUUUCGUGCAGAUUAUGCCGAAGUUAUGCCGUGCUGCCCCUUCAGAAUCUGUUUCACCUGUUUCACGUCACUCAAUUUCUGGGCGUGUUCGGAGAUUGAUAUCAUUGAUGGACGAGAAGUCAGACCACUCAAAUAGUGGAAAUAAAAGAAGGAAAGUGGAAAGAUCAUUAUCCGACACUGAUAAGGAGUUGGAGAGUAAUCCCAGGAGAUAAACAAAUUAAAGUGACUGCUGGCAUCAACAUCAACUCAGGCAGUUAACUCAUCUGUUUUAUCAUCCUUAAUAGUAACUUUACAUGUCAGUAAUUUAGAUUAUAACUACCUAUCAAAAAAAAAAAAAAA